GCUGCAUUUCCUGAUAUGUCGACAGAGGCGGUUGAUACAACUGUUUCAGAUAAAGCGGGUACUAUAGACGAUUUUGUGAAAUGCCGUUGCCGUGACCUGCAAUCGCAGGCUGGCCAUGUAGAUGGUUCACGACCACACUUGGGCUGCGACCUGUCUGAUUGCCCUUAUCUGUACCUUCAACGCGACAAUUUUACCACAGAAGCUUUCAAAAUCCAGUUGAGAAAUGUGCGUCGCUACACCGGUUUCAAGCAACUGAAAAAGAUGUUGGAUGGUCUGGGCGUCAAAUAUCGCAAAAUCAAGCUACUGCAGGAUGUGACAUUCAUAACCUUCAGUUGCGCUGAGGAUAGAGACAAGGCUAUCUCUACUCUACACGAGUACAAAUGGCGAGGCCAGCUACUGGAUGCGCGAGUUGCUAUUGGUCGUGCAGAUCCGCUACUGCAAAAAAGACUUCCUGCCUUCUCGGAAACCAAGGAAACGGAAUCGAAGCGUAUACGUACUAGUUCAAACGAUAUGACGGGAAACGCGGAAGAUCCUGCCGAUCGCCUCCGGGAUAUUGUCACUCCUCUAUGGCGUCUACGCUACGACCCAGACCAGUUGGCUGAGAAGCGCACUCGAAUUUUGUCUUCAUUAUCUUCGAUGCGUUCCAGUGUGCUUGAGUGUAACCCCAAACUCGGGUGUCGUUUGACCAGUAGCGACGUGGACCGGGACGUUGCGGGAGGCCUGUGUAUUUGUCCACUUCUAGAGACCAUUAGCUCGCCGGUGACGGUAGAAUACAGAAACAAGUCGGAGUUAACAGUCGGUUGCGACUUGGACGGCAAUGGUUACGUCGAUUUGCUUGUUCAGCUGGUGGUUUCAGUGGGUCAUAAGACCUGUGAUUUGUUGUGGCUACCACACCCUCAAUGUCAUGCCGCCACGUCCUGGUCCUCUAAUCCCUUUUGCUCAAGUUAUUUGCGAAGCAACGUGGUCUUCUGGGAAUCACGACAACUUCUCUGCAACCACCAACAAGAUAUUCGAGAACCUUCACGACAUUUCUCCACACGAUUGUGA